UCUAUAUAUAUAUGGUCAAAUUUGUUAGGCCAGUAGCUAUCUGCAGAACUCAAAACCCUUCAAUUAUAUAUAGUACAUACAAGAAAAAACUAUUCAUUAUUAAUUUAUUACAAGAAAAAUAAUGAAGGAAAUUAUUACCAAAAAAGUUCAUAAGCCUCAUGCAAUUCUAUUCCCAUACCCUCUACAAGGCCAUGUAAUCCCGUUCGUAAACCUAGCCGUAAAACUUGCGUCAAACGGCUUCAAAAUCACCUUCAUCAACACGGAAUCAAUCCACCACCAGAUCACCAAAGCAAAAGACGGUCCUGCCCUUGGCCAAGAUGAUAUUUUCGCCCAAGCCCGUAAAUCCGGCCUCGAGAUACAGUACGCCACCGUGAGCGACGGUUUUCCGCUAGGGUUUGACCGGUCAAUGAACCACGACCAGUUCUUUGAAGGGAUCCUGCAUGUUUUCCCGGCCCAUGUCGAUGAACUAGUCGGCAAACUGGUGGAAGCGGACCCCACGAUCAAUGCUUUGAUUGUCGACACGUUUUACGUUUGGCCUUCGUUUAUUGCUGAAAAGUACAAUCUUGUUAACAUAUCUUUCUUUACGGAACCAGCACUUGUUUUCACUUUGUAUUAUCACUUGGAACUCCUCAGAAAAAAUGGCCAUUUUGCUUCCAAGGAAAAUCGAAGGGAUGCUAUAGACUACAUACCGGGAGUAAAAUCGAUAAUGCCAACUGAUUUAAUGUCCUAUCUUCAAGCAAACGAAGAUGCAUCGACGACGACGGUGCACGGUAUCAUCUACAAAGCAUUUGUGGACGUGAAAAAAUCCGACUUUAUAAUAUGCAACACAAUUCAAGAACUCGAAGAAGAAACAAUCUCAGCCCUAAACCGAGAACAGCCUUUCUAUUCGAUCGGCCCGAUUUUCCCACCGGGCUUCGCCAAGAGCUGCAUAUCCACAAGCCUGUGGUCCGAGUCAGAUUGCAACCAAUGGCUCAGAUCCAAGCCACGUGGCUCGGUUUUGUACGUGUCGUUUGGCAGCUACGCACACACUAGUAAGCAUGUUCUUGAGGAGAUUGCUAAUGGGCUUUUGCUUAGUGGGGUCCAUUUUAUAUGGGUGCUCCGGCCCGAUAUUGUGAGCUCGGACGAGACGGAUAUCCUACCCGUCGGGUUCGCGGAGCGGGUCGCGGGCCGUGGGUUGAUUGUUACUUGGUGCUGUCAAGUUGAUGUGAUUUCUCACCCGAGUGUGGGUGGGUUUAUGACGCACUGCGGGUGGAAUUCGAUAUUGGAGAGUGUGUGGUGUGGGGUGCCGUUGAUUUGUUACCCUUUGUUGACGGAUCAAUUUACCAACCGUAAAUUAGUGGUGGAUGAUUUGAAGGUCGGGAUUAAUUUAUGCGACGAGAAAUUAAUAGUGACUCGAGAAGGGGUUCUCGAGAAAAUUAAUUAUUUGAUGGAUGCGAAGAAAUCGGAGGAGAUUAGAGAGCAAGUUGAGAAGGUGAAAACCAUGUUAGUUGAUGCAAUGGCAAAUGAUGGAUCUUCGGUAAGAAAUUUCACUUGCUUUGUGGAAGAUUUGAAGGGUAAAAUUGGUACGAAAAAGGAGUUUGUGGAAGAUAAUUGAGUUGAGACAUAAAGUCAUAAUUAUAAGACAGUGAUCUUUCUGUUGUCGUAUUUAUUUAUUUUCCCUGCAUGGUUUGUAUGUAUUCCGUUUGUACUUGAUGCUUAUAUUAUAUAAUCUAUUAUGUCAUGCAAUAAAAUUUGAUUUG